AGCGUUCGCGUAACUGCGUGUUCCUGUGCGACCCCACGAGUGGAAAUGACUAACUCCGCCGGAAUAUACCGUACCCGUUCCGUAUCUACCAUCUCGUACCAAUUUCCGAGGGAGUUGUGUAAACAUCUGUGAAGUGAGGAAGUGGGAUGUUGUUUUCUGUGAUGUGAAUAGCCUGUUACGUGGUUGCGCGCGUGGGCUCAGUGACUGAUGGCACGCGAUCGGUCGGUCAUCCACAUCAGUAUCGCAAUACUGGAUGACGCGUCGAGGGCGUGAGAUCAAUAUGUGAAUUGGCAAAUGGAAGUUUUGUGAAAUAAAAAGCCAGUGCAUUGAAGUCGUCUGCAUCAGAUAAUGGACUCUUCUGUGGCGCUGUUAAUAACCAGGGGCUCGUGUUUACCGGAGGACGCGGGGAAGAGCGCGCCGAGCGCUCACCUGAACGGCUGCGUGCCGCUCUCUCAUCAGGUGGCCGGACACAAGUAUGGCGUGGACAAAGUGGGUAUAUUGCAACAUCCUGAUGGUACAGUGUUAAAACAGCUGCAGCCCCCUCCGAGAGGACCCAGAGAGAUGCAGUUCUAUAGUAUGGUGUACGCUGAAGACUGCUGUGACCCCUGUCUCAUAAACCUCCGAGAGCACCUUCCCAAGUACUACGGCACCUGGUCCUCACCUGACACUCCCACAGACCUGUACCUAAAACUGGAGGACGUGACACGUAGGUUUCAGAAGCCAUGCAUCAUGGAUGUGAAGAUCGGGCAGAGGAGCUACGACCCCUUCGCCUUGCAAGAGAAACGGGAGCAGCAGAUCAGGAAAUACCCGCUGAUGGAGGAGAUUGGCUUCUUGGUUCUGGGUAUGAGGGUAUAUAAAGCGGGCUCAGACAGCUUUGACACCUAUGACCAGCAUUAUGGAAGGGGCCUCGUAAAGGACACUAUCAAGGAAGGUUUAUCCAAGUUCUUCUUCAACGGUGAAAUUCUCCGCAAAGACGCCAUCACUGCCAGCAUCCUCAAAGUCCAGAAAAUCCUCCAGUGGUUUGAGAGUCAGAGUCAGUUCAACUUUUAUGCAAGCUCUCUGCUCUUCGUCUACGAGGGCAUCUGUAUGCCCAGUCUCGGCUAUCAGACCCUACUGGAUAGCCAUCUUCCACCCAAAAGCCGUGAGCAGAACAACAACAUUGAUCAGAGCCUCUCCUCCAUGUACUCCCUGCACAAGAAAGGUUGUGUCAGGAGCCACUACCAAACCAAACAGGAUAACAGUGUGUGGAAAAUGUCCGUACAGCAGCCCAAUGGCAACCGUAGCCCUGCUAGACUGAAAGAUGAGGGGAGGGAGUCGAAAAUUGAAGCGGAACAGGAAACGGUCAGUGAUGUGGAGGUUAAAAUGAUUGACUUUGCACAUGUCUUCCCUAGUGAUGUCCAUGACCAGGGUUACAUAUAUGGCUUGAAAAACCUGCUUAAAGUCCUACAACAAGUUCUAGAUGAGUAAUGGAGCUCUUUUAGUUGUUCUUAGAUAGGUUACAUCUGGAUUGAAGAACCUGCUGAAGGUCUUGCAUCAAGUUCUGGACUAGUAAUGGAGCUCUUUUAGUGGUUCUUAGCUGAGUUACAUUUAUGGCUUGAAGAACAUACUCGUCCUUCAGAAAGUUCUAGACAAGUGAUGGAGCUCUUUUAGUGAUUCUUAGAUGGGUUACAUUUACUGCCUGAAGAACCUACUGAAGGUCCUAGAGCAAGUUCUAUACAACUGAUAGAGCUCUUUUAUUGGUUUUUAAAUUAGUUAUAUCUAAGGCUUGAAGAGCCCACUAAAGAUCCUACAGAAAGUUCAAGAGGAGUGAUAUAGCUCUUUUAGUAGUUUUUGGAGAUUGGUUACAUAUACGGACUGAAGAACCAGCUAAAGGUCCUUCAGCGUGGUCUAGACAAGUGAUGAUGGAGCUCUUGUAGUGAUUUUUAGAUGGUUUACAUCUAUCACCUGAAGAACCUACUGAAGGUCCCAGAGCAAGUUCUAGAGGAGUGAUGGAGCUCUUUUAGUAGUUUUUGGAGAUGGGUUACAUGUAUGGCCUGAAGAACCAGCAAAAAGUCCUUCAGCAAGUUCUUUACAACUGAUUGAACUCUUUUAGUGGUUCUUAAAUGUGUUAUAUCUAUUGCUUGAAGAGCUUAAUGAAGGUCCUACAGCAAGUUCUAGAGUAGUGAUGGAGCUCUUUUAGUGGUACUUACAUGGGUUACAUCUACAGCUUAAAUAACUUUCUAAAGGUCCUAAAUCAACUUCUGGAUGAUUGAUGAGGCUCUUUAGUGAUCCUUGGAGAGCUGAUUGAUGAAGGUAUACAUUUUGUAGCCACUUUCAAGACCAUAUGCCCCCUUCGCUCUAAUCUGCACUACCUACACCAUCAGUGGAGUUAAUAUGUUUGUAGCCCUCGUCUGAUGUAUGUGCUUUAGUCUUCAAAAAGCUUUGUACAGUUUAUUAUGAUAUCUUACUCAGGUAAAUAAAUCCAUAAUGCUUGUAUGUUUAUCCCGGCAAAAGAAGAAAACAUUCACAAAAUGUUAAAACACUCUAUCACAUAUUAGUUCCUGUUUCCAGAGCCAUGGCAGAGCCAGUUCUUUUUUAUCUCUUUAUUUUUAAAUUGAUGUGACUGAAAAUAGGAAUUUAAUCAAAAUGAAGAUGUAGGAAAAUAUGUCUGACAUUCUUGCGCAGAUGCUGCCAUAAAGACCCUGCCUGUUGUUUCAGACCUGUUGAAUUGUGAAUUUUCUCGUUUUUUUUUUAACGUGUGAUUUUGAAAUAAUUAAACUUUUGUAAGUAUAUUCAUGUUCUGACAUUACUGAUGCAAUAUGACUAAAAUGAUAGGAUGAAGGUAAUGAAGAUUUGUGACUUUCAUCUUAAAGAGACCCUUGUGUCUACAAGGAAUGCCAAAGUUUCUAUCAAUAGACAAUGAGAACUGGAGAAUUCAAGUAGCUUUAGCAACUUAAGACUGUGUUCAUAAAUGGUUUAUUUGAGUUUUAAUCAUACUAUCCUUCUCGUGUUUUCACGUCCUCCUUUCUUGUCCAGGUAUUUAAUUUGGACAUUAGUCCAUGUUCGUUGGGUGAGCACACAAGUUAAGACAGGGAAUAUCACAUAUAGAGUGAUAUUUAAUAAUUAAAAGCCUCAGAAUGUGAGAAAAUAAUAUAAUAAAGACCCUUAAAUGAUAAAUAUUUUUAAUAUCUAUUUUUUCAGUAUCUAUCAGUCCAUUUUUUUUUUUUUUUUAGGUUUAUUUAUGAUCUCUGAUUUGUAAGUAACCAUUUAACAUUUUUUAUAUUUGCAGUUUGCAUGCUUCUUCAUAGCGGAGACUAAUAGUGUGUUCACAUACAAUGCGAAUAAAAUUUUCGCUGGAUUAUAAAAUUGUGUUUAAACUCACGUUUGCGAGUAUUCCCCCUUCUAUUCCGGAAAAGGACAGGAGGAGGGGCUUCUAUGACUUGGUUCAUAGUAAAGUACAACCAAUCGCUGGAAUCAAGUAGAUGCGCAUAUUUUCAGAACUUACCAGGUAGUCCAACUUCCUCACUCAAUUUCCUCCAAGCGAUGUCUUUUUUCAUCUGGUCUCUAUACAUGUAUGACAUUGUGUCAUACAAUUCCGGGUGCCUCACACUGCUACAACAAUUUUUUUUAAUACAUUUUUCCAGAUUUCUUCUGCUACUACGUCAGUACGUCAGUCAUCCGGACAAUCUCAAUUGCUUUCGCAACAAUGUGUCAUGCAGAUUUUUCACUCGUGUUGAAAAUCGAUUGAAGCGAUUUUGCGUGUUUGAGUCGCACCAUUCUCUUAAAUCGCACUGCCCGGCUCUCAGCGUUCGCUUCGCGUUGUAUGUGAACGCACCAUAACAUGUUUUUUGUGGGGUUCUUUUGUUGUUGUUUUUUUUUUUUUUUUUUUUUACAAAGUUUUUCAUUUACCUACUGUUGUAUCCAUUUUUAAUUCUUAGGUAUUGCAAGUUUAUUAAAAGUUGUCUUAUAAACAUGAAUUAUGCUCAUGUAUCAUGAUCAUUAAUUUACAUCUCAGUACGGUUAUGUUUAAAUCAAAAAACAUCAGAAAACAUACACUUUGUUCCAAAGCCUAGUGAGCUGCCUGAGUAGGCAGCAUUUUAAGGUAGCAUUGGCACACUUCUGACAUGAAGGCUAUCAGAAAUGAUUUCGCAGAGAUGGGCCACUUCUAUUAACAUGAAUGCGAGAAAUUGGAUCACUCAACCAAAAACCUCAGAGCCCCCAAUGGUCAACGGAUGUAGAAAGGAAGUCCCGCCAUAAAGUAAAAAAAUCAGAUCACCUUUUAGAUAAAGACAUCACCUGUCAAUCAACACUGGAAUGCACAUCAAUUAUACAAGCCAGGAAAAUUUCGUUUUUUAGGGUAAUAUGAGGUAAAGAAUCACAACUUAUGAUACCAGUAUUGUCAAAUUUUAUUGCUUUUUUGAAAUAUGGUCUUUGAUUGGAAUCUUGACCAACCAUGUUUGAGAUUUUGGUCUUUCUCCAUUCAAGUAGAUUGCAUUGGCACUGGCAUGACUGGAAAUAACCUCCCUAGAGUGUUCCAAAGAUGGCCAACAGUGGACUGACAUGCUAGAAAGACUUUGAGCCUAUUCAAAAAGUUUAAAAUUCAGCAUUGCUUAAAAGGCAGCAUCACAUGUAUCUUAUACAGAGAAGAAAAUUCCAUCCCAUCCAAGAUGGUGGCUGUAGUUUUGAUUUAUAAAUGAUACCAAAAAGUAUUGAUUUUUGAGUAGCUGUUGGACUUGUAUCCAAUAUUUCUUUGUUCCGUGUGUUGUAUUGCUUAUAAGAGUAUUUAGUUGUUAGUUUAGCAACAUGCUUUACGCCACAUGCUACAGUUCGCUUUAAAUUAAAUGUGUUAUUUGCAUUACACACAGAGUAGCUGCCUACGUUUCAAAGCAGUCACAUAUGAGGUUUCAUUUUAGUCAGGAUACUGCCUUAGAAGCCAGAUCCCUAUGUAGGUAUUAGAUGGCAAGGCAACUCACUAGGCUUCGGAAUAGAGCCACAGUGUUCCUUUUUUGUUCUCUUGUGUUAUCUGUGUAAUAUAUCACAUCACCUCAGUUGUCAUGGAUGUUCAAAGACCACAGCAAGCUUAGGGCAGCACACCAAGUGUACGAAAUACAGUUUUACAUUCUUGUUCAUCUUUUGAACAGCACAAAAUUGGAAAGAGUUUCUUUCUGUUCGUACCCCCAAAAUAUAGAAGUGCAUAAAAAGUAUAGCUCCAACGCAAAAUGGAAUUGUGUGUCUAUGGGCAAAGUUGAACUCCCUUUGUGCCUAAGAAAGUAUAGUCUAGCCCUUUUGCGAUUCCUACUGGCAUAUUAUUGACAAAAAACAAAAACAAAAUUUUCAGUGGCUAUUUGCUAACAGUCUAAGCAGGCUUUAGAGUUUUAUAAUGCUGUCCCAAGGCAAAAUGCAGUAACUUCAUAUUGAGUCAAAAUGGAGUUUUGACUGAAAUCAGGUCUCUUAUACUAUGAUCUGUUAUUUGACAGGUUCAGCUCAACUAUACUAAGUUGCGGUGAGUACAAACUCCACACUAAAAACAAAGCCGUUUCAUAGGUUCAGUGUUGGCGUCGUUACUUUUUUUUGCCUUUGGAGAGCAUAAUAGUGCUCCCUAUAAUAUUAUAUUUAGUUUUAGAGCACAGUUAAUGAACUGCAUCUUGUUUACAUUCUACCUUUUUAUAGUUAUCUGGACAGAGACACUUAAUGCUAGAGUCAUACAUGCAUAAAUCAUUAUUUUAUCUUUAUUUAUGCACUGAACAUAAGUGGAAAUAUUUAGCAUGUUCAUUUAUGCUUUUGUUACUUACUAAAGUUUAUCUCUAAUUGUAUUUUGUUUUUUGUUUGUUUUUUAAUACUGGUAUAUAGCACCUGAUUGGCAACUAACUACUGUAUGGUGGUGCUUAAAGCACUUUACUGAGCCUCUGGCAAGACUGGAUUUUCAACCAUGAAAUAAAUCAAACUUGCUUAUUGACACAAAACUGUUUAUUUCUACAGAUGAAGUCUGAACACUCAAAUGUUUGUACACUGGCUUGAUCUUUUGUUUGUAGAAUGGCAGGAAUUUUUCAAUUGCAUUCUCUCUCUCAUGCAGAGUCAGUGGAGUAUGAUAUAAUAUAUCUUUGGUGUCUUUAUACUUUGCUGUUUGUUACUGGUUAUAUAUAGUUAUAUAUGAUUUUUCAAGGUAAUAAAAGAAAAAUGAUGAAAAUGUAUAAAAAAAUCAAUGAAUGCUCUGAUUUUAAGAAAUGUAAUGCUUUCAGACCUACAGUAUAUAUUGUGUAGUCUUUGAAGAUAUAAUGUCUGUUCAACCCUGCUCUAAUCAUACUCAAAUUAAACACUUUUGAAAAUAGAGACGUGAACAAAAUGUAUUUACUUGGAUGAAAUUAUAUGUGUAUUUGGCAAAUUUUCAGUAAUAAAAUCUA